AUGACAAAGCCUGCAGGCACUCCACGCAAGAAGCCUGAGCCUCGCCGUCGAAAGCUCAGUGGGCAUCCUGGAGGUUCUGAGAGACUUGCACCCUUGACACUAAGCCCUCCCACACUCAGAAAUGAUCUGGUCAAUUCUUGGCCAACACCACCAGAGACCACCGCAAGAGCAGGGGGUACUAAACCUACCCAAGACCCUACAAGAGGGUUCUUCCUUGGCUCUACCAGCUAUGCCAGCGUAUUCGUUGAAGAGCAGCCACUGCCAGAAAGUGUGCACGAGCAACCGUCAGAGAGGACGAGUAGAACACCUUCAGUUUCUGACAGAACUGUUCUCGGAGGCCGCCAUUGUCAAAUCGGCAUAGGCCACUCCGUCGUCACCAGGCUUCUGCCAAUCUCCUUUUUUGAAAAGACUUUUAACAUGUACUUUGAGCAACAGAAAGCAUCCGCAUUGAUAGGCCCACUUGUCAUAUCUGCUCUGCCGCAAUUGAGACUCGACCUGGCACAGCUCGCGAACACAGAGAACGACGUGGUCGCCAUGUACGCAGAGAUGACGAGGAAUACUGCGCGACCAAUGAGAGUACCAGCCAAUAUGCGCCCGUCAGAGUUUCACACGCUAUUCACUGGGAAGAACUUGAGAUGGGAGACAUUGGGACUUAUACUGGCAAUCGUGUGCUCCAAUGCGCAAUUCACCUCACCACACGACCCAAUUUUCACCCUUGAUGAUGGGACCAGGCUUGACAGAGAUGAACUAAUUGAAGAUAUGAUCCAUGCGUCCAAUGACUGCAUACACCUUUGCCAGAUACACGGAGCUGUCAACGACAUCAUGGUGUGGCUAAUUUACACAAACAUGCUGAUAAUUAGUAACUUCUACGGCGACAAUUAUCAUGGUACAUGGCGGCGACUAGGUGAUAGUGUGUCGGCUCUGUAUGCCGCGGGUAUGCAUUGCGAAGCAGGAUACACGGAGCGAGCCAAUACUGAACCUUUGUUCCUACGCGAAGCAAGGCGGCGAGUCUAUUCAGCCGUGUACCGAAUCGACAAAACCCUCGCCACUUUCUUCGGUCGACCUCCCAUGAUUGGAUGGCGAUAUAGCGACCGUAAACAGCUACUCGAUGUCAGCGACGAUGUCAUCGUUUCUGAGGACCCAGAAGUCAUCAACAUGGCACUGUCGAGACUGGAUGGAAGUGGCUGGAACACAGACGGUCACAUUCAUCCGUCAACCUGCAUACGCUUACGCUGUCAGCAUGCAGUCUUCAAAGAGCGACUAUUAGAGCAGUCAUUGUCUGGAGAGAAAGACAGUGACGUAGCUCACAACAUGAGAACGAUAUCAGCCGAAUGUACUCAGUAUUGGGAGGGCCUUCCAACCCACCUCCGCUACGAGAUGUACGACGACGACUCCGCUUGGCACCGCCUCGGCGCAGGCAUUACGGUCCGCUUGAUUUCUGCCUAUCUCGAAUAUCUUCACACGCAUUUCCAGAUCCAACGACUCCUCCAGCGCCAGACACAACAAGCGCUCCCUGCCCUCCUUGACGUCUCCCUGAAACUCCUCUCGACCGCGCUCGUCUUUACUAAGCCCCUCAAUGGCGCCUAUGAGACGAGACGCCACUUCGCAACAGUCAUUAUGUUCUACUGCUUCCCUGCUGCCGGCGUCCUCGCGCUCGAACUCCGCAAAUCAACCAUCGAAGGCGUGCCCCUUCCCGACACCGUCUUCCGUGCCGACGUCAUCCGCAACCUCUCCGUUCUCACCUCCUCACUCGAAUGGCUCAUUCUGCCCGGCGACGGGAACCACAAGCUCUGCACCGAACUCAACAAGAUGCUCGCCAUGGUACUCGACGAGGUGCUGAACUACGAACCACCGCCCAUAGGUAGCAAUCUAGGGAGCGAAGUUGGCGCUCUGGCACCCGUUACGGGCUCCGGAUUCUUUGAUAUCCCCAUGCUGGACGGUAUGGAGCCUAUUCCCACGCAAGCAGAGGACUUCUUGACCUGGCUGGAUGGCGCCGCAUGGAACAACACGCAGGACCUGUUUUGA